CUUUCAUUGGCUCUGUCUACCAUAUGGUAGAGUAAAUCUAUUCAAAAAUUUUAUUGGCUUCAUGCAGCCUACCAUGCAUGAUAUUAUGUUGGUAUAUGAUGACACGACAUGUGUCAUAUAUGAUGACACGACAAAUGUCAUCCAUUUGUUUGACAUAGGAAGCUUCAAUGAGGUGACGUCUUUGUCUAUUUUGAGUCAAGUAUUGAUGAUGUCGGGACGUAUGUCAUCCAUAUCUGGCAUUGCCAGUUUAUUACCGCUCCGGGUGAUGAGAUGACCGGAUUUACAAUAACAACAACAGGAACUCGGAUUGCUCUGCAUUGAGAUCCUUUUUCCCCUCCCUACGGCACCUCCUGUUCCUCCUGUGCGUGUUAACCUGCAACCAACCUAUUCCCCUGUUUCUGUUUCCAUCCAUUCUAUCGCCAAAAUCUCAACAUGACCAACCAAAUUCUCAUCAACGGUCGAGAUGACCCAAAGCUUCACUUCGUGCUGGUUCCAUUAAUGGCCCAAGGGCACACAAUCCCCAUGAUCGACAUGGCUCGUCUGCUUGCCAGUCGAGGUGUCCAUGUCAGCGUCAUCACCACCCCCGUCAAUGCUGCUCGAAUCAAGACCGUUAUCGAGCGUGUGAAGGCAUCGCUACUUUCGAUCGAGUUUGUGCCUCUCCCGUUCCCAUGCAGUGCAGUAGGCCUGCCCAAGGGGUGCGAGAACAUCGACACCUUGCCUUCCAAGGAUCAUCUCCAGAGCUUCUUGGAUGCAUGUGCUCUGCUCCGAGAGCCACUAAUACUGCACCUCAAAGAGCAAAGGCUGAACCCGAGCUGCAUCAUCUCAGACGUCUGGCACACUUGGACCGGAGACGUCGCACAAGAGUUCCGCAUCCCAAGGUUCGCAUUCAAUGGCUUCGGUGGCUUCUCUCUUCUCUGCAGGCACAUCAUCCUCACCAAUGAGUUGCACAAAAAAACAUCUGAUGAGAUGGAGGUCAUCGUCAUGCCUGGAUUUCCCCAUCAUCUUGAGUUACUGAAGGCCCAAAUGCCCGGGAGCUUCGGCGGACAAGGCAUGGAGAAAUUUGCGGAGGAGCUGAAGGCCGACCAGCAAAGGUUCGAUGGCAUGCUGGUGAACUCCUUCGAUGACUUGGAGGCUCUGUACAUUGAGAGCUUCCAAAAGGCCAUAGGGAAGAAGGUUUGGACGAUUGGACCGAUGUCGCUCUACAAUAAAGAUGUCGCGGAUAUGGCUGCGAGGGGGAACCUGGCCUCGAUCGAUGAGAACCAUUGUUUGCGUUGGCUGGAUUCGAUGAAGCCAAACUCCGUCAUCUAUGUGAGUUUUGGAAGCAUUGCUAAUGACUGCCUGCUCAUUGGUCGGAUCUUGCUACAAAUGUGA